AUGUUUAGACGCGGCCUCCGUACGUUUGCCACGACGGCUCUGCGCAGCGUAGAAGCCUCGACAGCCUACAACACCAAGGUUUCGACAGCCCAAGGGUGGGUCAAUGGCCUUACGGAAGCCAUUGGAAACACGCCGCUGAUCAGGCUCAAACGUCUUUCGGAGGAGACGGGAUGCAACGUCCUGGGCAAGGCCGAGUUCCAGAACCCGGGAGGUAGCGUCAAAGAUCGCGCUGCCUUGUAUGUCGUGAAAGAUGCCGAGGAGAAGGGCUUAUUGCGCCCAGGAGGUACUGUUGUCGAAGGAACUGCCGGAAACACUGGCAUUGGGCUUGCCCACGUCUGCCGGUCCAAGGGAUACAAGCUUGUCAUCUACAUGCCCAACACGCAAUCCCAAGGCAAGAUUGACCUGUUGCGAUUGCUAGGCGCAGAGGUCUAUCCCGUACCAGCUGUCGCAUUCGACAACCCAGAAAACUACAACCACCAAGCUCGCCGCCAUGCCGAAUCUCUCGAGAAUGCUGUCUGGACCAACCAGUUCGACAAUACUGCAAACCGUCAGGCCCACAUUGAAACGACCGGUCCCGAAAUCUGGGCACAAACGGAAGGGAAGAUUGAUGCCUUUACAUGCGCAACUGGCACGGCCGGCACACUCGCGGGAAUCACCCGUUAUCUGAAAACAGUCAGCGAUGGACGAGUUAAAAGCUACCUUGCCGACCCCCCUGGCAGUGUGCUUCAUAGCUACAUCCAGAGCGGAGGAAAACUCAUUGAACGGAGCGGAAGCAGCAUUACUGAGGGUAUUGGCCAAGGCCGUAUUACGGAAAACCUGAAGCCUGACAUCGACCUUGUCGAUGGCUCACUAAAUAUUAGCGAUGAGAAGAGCAUCGAGAUGGUGUACCGCUGCCUGGAUGAGGAAGGUAUCUACCUUGGUGCUAGUUCUGCCCUGAACGUUGUAGCCGCCAAGGAGGUUGCCGAGAAACUGGGCAAGGGUAACACUGUCGUUACUAUUCUGUGCGAUGGCGCGUAUCGGUAUGCGGACCGGCUUUUCUCUGAGAAGUGGCUACAGAGCAAGAAUCUCCGUGGUGCUAUUCCCAAACAUCUGGAGAAGUACAUUGUCUUGCCAUAA